AUGGAUCAAAUCGCUAAAUUUGUCGAACCUGGCAAGCAGUUCGCUAAAGACUCAAUCAGAUUAGUGAGAAGAUGCACGAAGCCUGACAGAAAAGAGUUCCAGAAGAUAGCGAUUGCCACAGCAAUAGGUUUCUGCAUCAUGGGUUUCAUUGGUUUCUUUGUCAAGCUGAUCCACAUCCCAAUCAACAACAUCAUCGUCGGCUCGUGA